AUGGUCAGUUGGAAGCGCCAAUGUGGCAACAAGGGCUAUGUCCUCAUGGAGCAGUUCCGAAAUCUUCUCCGGCUGAUUCUCGCCAAAGGCUUCGAGACGAAUAGUGAGAUUGCUGGGGUAGAGCUUCCGGUUUGCAGCGUGCACAAUCCCAAGCUGAUUGAUGGCAUCACUGUGUGGAUGCAACCCAUCGAGGACUCUCUUCCUGCCAACUCCAUCUCAAUGAUCAAAGGAUGGGACGGAUUUCCUCCUUUCGUUGGACGACGAGCUUACGACUUUGUGCAUCUCGCCGUGAAGCCGAGACGCGGGUUGAUCAGGGAUCGAAGUAUGUGCCCUGGGCCACCAAUGCUCUUUCCAACAUUGGUCUUGCGUGCCUUGGGAAUCGUCGUGUUGUUUGUGAAUUUUGAGUCGCACCAAUUUUGCAAAACCUUCUUGGAUGCCCUCCACAAGCCUUCCAAUCGGAAGAAACUUCUGACGUAUGGAAUCCGUUCAGUGGGACAAGCGUUGAUCCAAGGCCGAGGCGCAAAUCUGCGAGCGAUUUUGGCCAAACGCGGUCAAGCUGGACUCGCCGACGCAGAUGCUCCCUUGGUCUUCAACGGAGGCGAAUUGGCUUCUUUAGCAGAUGUGGUUGCCAGGGAGGCUCCUGACGCUCCGUACGAGAGCGUCGAGAGGAUGAUCGCACCCCCAACACCAGCGGAUUUUCUUUCCCAUCCCUCGUAUCGUUGUGACCAGCCAGACAUCUGCGGCAUCUGCGAGUCACAGGAGGGAGAUUCAACAUCUGCAGAGAGCGCCUCAGAUAGGGCAAGGCCACUGGGUUACCAGUGGCAGUGGAGGCUAUUCAGCUAUUGGCUGUUCGGGCACCUUGCACCAAUGGCUGGGAGGACUUCCAAACGCUUUGGGCGGGCAGACCCUGCAGAUGCCGCUGCAGCCGUACUUGACGCACCCGGCCUCGGCGGCCUCGACAACCCGUGGUAUCCCCCCUGCGGAGACGCCCUACGCUUUUUUGCGACCUCAGAGACUUGGACAUUUUUGGACCAGUGGUGGUUUUCACCUUUUUUUUAA